AUGAUUGGAUUAUCAAGAAAUUUGAAAGCUAAACAAAUCACUGUGAAAAUUGAAAACAUGAAACGUAGAAAUUACGGUGAUUCUCCUCCUUUGUCACGUAAAAAACGUCAUAGCAGUAUUAACAGGUAUGAUAUUAGUUCAGAUGAAAGAGGUUCACCUGAGCGUGACCGUGAACGUGAACGAGCACGUCGUAGAGCUAGAUCACCACCAAGUCCCAGGACAUCAAGAUAUUCAGAACGCGAUGAAUUUGGCCGUUCCAGAGGUACAGAUCGAUCUCAUCCAACAUAUAAAGUGUUGAGUGUGAGUGCUUUACAUACUAAAGCUAGUGAUGAACACAUUAAAGAUACAUUGUAUCGCGAGUAUCGAAAAUUUGGAGAAUUUUCUGUUAGAAUUUCUCAUGAACUUGAUGAAAGGAUUGCAUAUGUGUGUUUUAGGAAUUCUGAAGACGCUAGAGAUGCUAAGCACAGUAAGCCUAGAAUAAGUUUAUUUGAUAAAAUAGCUUUAGUUGCACCUGUGUAUGAAAGUCGUAGUUCUAGACAUCAUUAUGAAGUAAGAUCUAGACGUUCUCGCUCUCAAAGUUUUUCUCCAGAAUACGAGCGGUAUUAUCAUAGAUCUCCUAUACCUCCAGAAAUACAUCAUAGACCCUAUCCAUCUGAAAGAUUUUUCGAAAGGUUACCAUAUGGACUUCUUCCCCCUUUGCUGCCUCCACGAGAUUUUAGAGAAAUAGGUUUACCACAAUUACAUCCUCAUGAGCUUAUGAUUCCUAGAGGACCAAUAUUACACCAUGUGACUCCGCUUCAUCCUCAUUUAACACCAUUACAUCCGCUGUAUGGACCUCCAAGACAUUUUUUGCCGCCAUUUAGGCCUCUUCCAUCUCAUCAUCAUAGUAUUGAUCGUCUUGAUCGUAUUGAUCGUCUUGAACGUAUUGAACGUAUUGAACGCAUUGAUCGUAUUGACCGUAUUGAUCGUAAUGAACGUAAUGAACGUAUUGACCGUAUUGAUCGUAAUGAUCGAAAUGUACAUGAUAAAAAAGAUAAAUUUCCAAAUUAUUUGCACCACAUUCCACCAGAAGAAGAUCCAUUAGCUACACGUACAUUAUUUGCUGGGAAUUUGGAAAUUUCUAUUUCUGAUGAAGAACUCCACCGAAUAUUUGGUAGAUAUGGGAUUGUUGAAGAUAUUGAUGUGAAACGUCCAUUACCAGGAACAGGUAAUGCAUAUGCAUUUGUACGUUAUAAAAAUUUAGAUAUGGCUCAUCGUGCCAAAAUUGAAUUGUCAGGUCAAUAUUUGGGCAAAUUCCAGUGUAAAAUUGGUUAUGGAAAAUCUACACCUACCCAAAGAAUAUGGAUUGGUGGCCUUGGCCCUUGGAUAUCACUUGCUCAGCUUGAACGAGAAUUUGACAGAUUUGGUGUUAUUAAGAAAAUUGAAUAUUUGAAAGGUGAUCUGUGUGCAUACAUACAGUUUGAAAGUAUUGAUGCCGCUACAGCAGCCGUUAAAGAAAUGAGAGGAGUAUGUUUGGGUGGUUCAGAACAUAAAUUAAGAACCGAUUUUGCGGAUGGAGGCAUGUGUAGCAGUCCUACAUUAACAUAUUCAUCAAAAUCAAAAUCUUCUCAUGAGGAUACCCCAGUAAAUAUUACAGACUUCCAGGAAUUACCCAGACGAGAAGAAUAUCCAUAUGGUUGGUUAGAAGGAGAAUUUCCUUCUUUUAGUUCUAGAAAUUAUAAAGUUCGACCAGAAUACGUGGAAGAAAACAGAGAUGUUUGUAACUAUGAUAAUGGCCAUUCAUUUAAACCACAUUCUGUUUCUGAUAUUGGUUCCCCUAGAUCACCUGGUCGAUCACCUGUACCUAGAUCACCUGGUCGAUCACCUGUACCUAGAUCACCACUCCAUCAAACAAUUGAUAGUGACAUUGAAUUGGAGGUUUUACAGCCUGUCACACCUUUGAGUUCUGUUUAUACUCUAAGUGAAUUGGCUUAUAAGUGUAACGAUACAUGGCAAGGAAGCCUUAUAUUAAAAAGUUCUCAGUUUCCAGCUAAAUGUCAUUUAACAUCUGGCGAUCCAAGUCUUAUAGAAGCAAUGAUGAAAGAUUCAUCUUCAGAUGGUAAAUUUACUCUACGUAUAACACAACGAUUACGUUUAGAUGAACCGAAGUUAAAAGAUGUUUCUCAUCGUAUAAUGACAGCUGAUAUGCAUGCUAUAUUUGUAGCAAUGCCCCUAGCUGUAAAUGAAAAUCCUGACAAUGAAGAGGAAGAUGCUCUAAUCCAAAUAAGACCACUUCGUAAUUUGGUAUCUUACUUAAAACAAAAAGAAGCUGCUGGUGUUAUAUCAUUGUUAGGUAAAGAUUCUGAAACAAUUGGUGUACUAUACGCAUUUCCUCCUUGUGCAUUUUCGGCUAGUUUACUGAGACAGAGCGCUAACAAUUUGAGUGAUGAAACUCUAAAAGAUGAUCAUUUGGUCAUUGUUAUCGUAAAUGGAGGUAUGAUAUAAUUAUAUUUUUAAAUGCAUUAUACUUAACAAUAUAUUAGUAUACUAGGUUAUUUUUCAUUUCUUUUUGAAAUUCAUAACAAAGUAUAUUAAGUUAAUUUUAUUAUUUAUUUAAAUAUUUAAAAAUAAGAUUAUUUAGAUAAUAUUAUAGAAUCUAUUUUAGGUUAUAUACACAUAUAUCAUAAGAUUUAAUUUAUUACAUUUUUUGCUUAUUUUUUUUUUUUAAUUUGAAAUUAAAUUAAUUCAUAGCAAAACAAUGUGUACUUACACAUAUUUAUUAUGUGCUUAAUUUGUUUAAAUUCUACUAUUAAUUUUGUUUAUAAUUAAAAUUUGCGUACUUAGUUGAAUUAUUUGUAUAAUGUGUGGAGUGCAUAAUAUAGUCUAUAUCUUGGUCUAUAUAGAUAGUGUUGAAAUUAGUUAAUACAAAAUUAUUAGUUAAUCCAUAAUAAAUCAAUAUUGUAUUGAAGUGGCUAACUAUUUUGUAAAACUAAUUUAAUUUAAUUAAUACAUUGUUCUAUGGAUAAGUGUUAAUUUACAUCAUCUUUUGUUUUGUAAAACCAUAUUUGCCUAAAACAUAGUGUGUAAAUUGUCAAGACAUCCAAAACCAGUUAAUGUAAUUGGGUUUGUGAAAUUUUUAAGUGUAACUAUAAUUAUUUAAGUUACUUUUUUUUUUUUUUUUUUUUUUUUUUUUACUAUUAUCGGAUUUUGUGUUGAUCAUUAUUUAACAUAGUUUUGUAGUAAAGUGUAAAUCGCGAUUUUUUUUUUUUUUUAAAUAAAAUAUUAUUUCAUUACAUAUAAAUUAUGUACGAACAUAGUAAUAUUAAUUUUACUAAGUUCAAUUAGUUAAAUAAUUAUAUUAAAAUUAAAUAUUGGUGUAUUUGAUUGUUGUAUUUAUGGCAUUUCAACAUUGAUUACAUGUUGUUUGUGACAGAUAUUCAGUUAUAGUGUUGUGUAAGUGAUAACUGAUAUCCAAGCUUAUUUUAUUUUAUUUGAGAUAAAAAAUUUUAUUUAAUGUGUUUUUUUUUUUUUUUUUUUUUGUCAGUUUUUUCAAAUAGUGAUAAUUUAUAAAUUGAUGAAUUAAUAAAAUAAUUAUUACAGCAUAAGUGACUUGAGAAAUCAAUGCUUUUUUAUUAUAAUUUAUAAAUACAUUUUUCUACAGUUUAAAUUUGUACUUGAUGCCUGAUAUACUUUUAAUAUGAUAUCUCUAAGAUUAAUAAUCUUCAUUGAAUUUCCUCAAUGCGAAAGUACUAAAAAUUUAUAUUUGUUUUCAGAAUAUAUUGUAUACUAUAUUAUUAAUUUGUUUUUUGAAGAAAAAAUAAUAGCAAUAACUAAGAACCAUAUUUAAGUACACAUUUUUUGGAAGGGGGUCCAAGGCAUUUUUUCAAAAUACAAAAUUUGUUUCAUAUUAUAUAAUAUGUAAUGUUAAAUUUUUAUUUUAUAAUGAAAAAUGUUAUUAUUAUAUUAAUUUUUAUUUUUGGUUCAGAUAGAUUGA